CUUCCGCCCGACACUACCGAAUCCGUUACAGCAGAGUGCAGUCUACGCCAACCCCACUUACACAUCACGAAAUUAGGUCCAACAGGUAUUGGGAAUUCAGCAGUGCAUCUUUGCUGCCAGCGUGUGCUCAGCUGUUACUGCCUUGCGAGCUGCAUAAUCACGAGACAUGGCGGACAAGCCGAAGAAAGAAACGGGAUUACCUGAGAUUGUGCUCCUGGGGGAUUCACUCACCGAGUGGAGCUUCUUUGAACACAAUCGCGGGUUUGGAUGGGUGUUGCAGGAGAUGUACAAGGGGAAGGCUAGGGUGGUUAACGAGGGAAAAGCAGGCUGGACCUCCACCCUCCUCAUCCCAAACUUCACCCACCUCCUCACGCGCGCCACAUCCGCCACCACCCCGCCCACCCUCCUCAUCACCAUCUUCCUCGGCGCAAACGACGCGUGCUUCACGCCGACGACGACACGGCUCCGCAGCUCAGCCGAGGACUUCAUCGGCACCGAGAUCGUGCCCUUACCCCGCUUCGAAGAGACGCUGCGCUUCUUCAUCGAGGAGAUAUUGAUUGCGGACCGUUUGGCGGAGUUUGGGACGAAAGUUGUCCUCAUGGGCCCGCCGCCGAUCAGUAUCCCGCGACGCCAGGGGUCGAGGCGCGCGUACGCGACGUAUUUGAGUAAGAAGAGGUAUGCGGAGGCGGUGGUGGAGGUUGCGAGGAGUUAUGCGGAGACGGGGAGGGUGGUGGGCGUGGAUGUUUGGAGGGCUAUGGUUGGGGAGGUGUUGGGGGAGGAGGAGGGAGGGGUGGAUGCGUGUAAUGAGGAGAGGUUGCCUGGUUGUGGGUUGGAGGGCGCGAGGGAGUUUGAGGCGGGCGUUGAGGGGUAUUUUGUUGAUGGGUUGCAUUUGGGGACGAAGGGGUACGAGGUUGUGAGUAGGGAGUGGUUGAAGGUGGUGCUGGAGACGUGGCCGGAGUUGGCGCCAGAAAAGUUGGGGUUGGAGGUGUAGAUGGAGAGGGUUUCAACCGGAGCUGGGAAACGAUAGAGGAAUCUGUUAUGCCUUCCUAAUGAUGGUGCAAGGGUAUUGAGGUGGAAGAGUAUACAUUACUUGAUCCUCUACUACACAAUAUCAAUACGGAAGCCCAACCAAGGUCUAUGCGAGAAUCU